AUGAGCCAAGUCAACAUAUCACAAAGAGUUCCAAAGUAAAACAAACAAGAAACCAAGGAUAUUAAAGAGAAUAUCAUCCAUGAAAGAAUUAUUGGUCCCAUUUGUAAAGCUCCCGGUUACUUAAAAGAUCAAUAUAUUAAACAUGGCUACAGAAUUAACUUCAAAAACAAGAAGGACGUUAUAAAGAGCAUGUUUAUGUGGCAUAAUGAAUUGGUCAAUAUUUGGACACAUCUAAUAGGUGCUAUCAUCAUAGUCUCGCUAAUAUUUUACCUAUGGUUAAAUUAUGAUGAUCUCUUUCGUCAUAGAGCAAUUCAGACAUUCAAUGAAUCAUUACACAACAUUUAUGAGCAUGCUUUCACUCUGGAAUAAUAAAUCUAACAAUAAUUAGAGAAUGGACUUCACAAUUUUUAGGAUGAUGUUUAAUUGAUGCAGAAACAAUUACAUGAAAAGAUUAACACUGUCAACAAGCUCUUCAAUGAAGUGGCUCAUCAAUAUGAUUAUGAAUUUUCAAAAAUUCAAAAAAAUAUUGCUGAAGCCUUUGAUUGGGAAAACUUGAAAUGGAAUUAUAAUAUCUCAGAAAUAAUUCAAGAUUAUAAGUAGAAAGCCACAGAAAUCGUUGAAUCCAAAGAUUUUGAUUGGAUCGAUUUAUAUUUAGAAUUUCAACAUCUCACAGGAAGAUAAACCAUAGAUGAAGAGAAAUUACAUAAAAUGAUAUCUAGAUGGCCCUUGAUAGCAUUUCUAGUUUCUGCCAUUAUAUGUUUAGGAUGUAGUACUACUUACCAUCUGUUUUAUUGUCUCUCAGAAAAUGUCAACAAAGUGCUCAUUCGAUUAGAUUAUGCUGGUAUAUGUUUUCUUGUUUCAGGUUCGACAUUUGCUCCAUUAUUUUAUGGAUUCUAAUGCAAUCUAAAAUAUGCAAUCAUAUAUGCCAGUCUAUAAGGCUUUUUUGCCAUCAUUCUCUUUAGUUUUUGUCUAUUUGACUUUUUCUAUACUGCAGAAUGGAGAUCCUUAAAAAAUAAGUUAUUUGCAGGACUUGGAUUUACAAGUGCCAUUCCACUCAUUCACUUUGCAAUCGGUGAUACUUGUUUAGAAGGAUAUAGUUUUUAAUCAUAAUUACCUUAUUAUGCUGCUAUGGCCAUUUCAUAUUUAUCUGGUUUGUAUAUCUAUAAUAUAAGAUUUCCCGAGAAGCAUAUCCCAGGGAAAUUCGAUAAUUGUGGAUAGAGUCAUCAAAUUUGGCAUAUUAGUGUAGUGAUUGCAAUCUUAUUCACUUAUGUUGGAUCUUUGAAUGCCUAUUAUUAGAGAUUGGAUAUGCCUUGUAAAGCAUGA